AUGAGGCCCGCAUCCCGCCCAACUCCCCUCCUCGCGUUUACAUCACUCGGACGACGCUCUCUUUCCUCUUCCCAAAUACUCGGAAUGCCCCACUCAGCACCGUCCAAAACACACCUACACCAACCCAUCCCAGACUCUCAUUUCCCCCAGGGAUACAUAGUCUCCUCGACCCAUGCAGGCGUGAAAAAGAAAGCAGGCGUACUAGAUCUGGGUAUCCUCCUCUCGACCACCCCCCAGACGAGCGGAGCAGCAUGUUUCACACGAAACGCAUUCAAAGCGGCUCCUGUUCAAGUCUCGACAGAGGUACUGAAAAACAGCGAAGGCAGGGUCCGGUCGUUGGUCGUCAACUCGGGAUGCGCCAAUGCCGUCACGGGCGCUAAAGGUCUCAAGGAUGCCUGGGCUAUGGCAGCUUCAACAGACGCACUCGGCCGUGAACUCACCCAGUCUGGAGGGGGCUACGAAACGCUGGUCAUGUCUACUGGUGUCAUCGGCCAGCACCUUCCAAUCGAAAAGAUCACCAACGCAUUGGGCGGAGAGGGGAUCAAAUCGAAUUUAGGCUUGUCGUUUGGACAUUGGGAGGGGUUAGCUAGGGCAUUUAUGACCACUGAUACGUUUCCAAAGUUGAGGGCUAGGAAAUUCAGCGUUAGAGGUAAAGAGGUGAAGAUUGCAGGAAUCGACAAGGGGGCAGGGAUGAUUCAUCCGAACAUGGGCCCGCCUGGUCUCCCACAUGCAACGUUGCUGGGAGUUAUAGCAACUGACGCAGGAGUAACGCCCCGUUCGCUUCAAUCCGCAUUGACAUACGCCGUAGAUCGAUCGUUCAAUUCGAUUUCGGUAGAUGGGGACAUGUCCACAAACGAUACGGUCAUCGCAUUUGCAAACGGGGCCGCAUUCGGUGACAACGAACCUGAAAUCGACGAAGCGACCCAUCCGGAAGAGUACCUCCAAUUCCGAGACGAGCUUACCUCGUUCGCGACCGAACUCGCCUCGCUUGUCGUACGGGAUGGAGAGGGCGCGACCAAGUUUGUUACCGUCACGGUCGAGGGAGCUCCAAGUUACGAAGAUGCACACAAGGUGGCAUCCACAAUUUCUACCUCUGCGCUGGUCAAAUGUGCACUGUACGGUGAAGAUGCCAACUGGGGCCGCAUCCUCUGCGCCGUAGGAUACACGUCCCUGCCCUCGGGAACAGCAUCGACCCAACCCGAGUCUCCGUCUCGUUCGUUCCAGAUGAAGGAUCCCGGACCGACCCCGCUCAAACUACUCACAAACGGCGAACCAGAACCUGCCAACGAAGAACGCGCGAGCGAAAUUCUCAAGCGCGAGGAUCUGGAGAUUCGUGUUCAGCUUGGAUUGGGGAAGGAGAGCGCGAACUAUUACACGUGCGAUUUCAGCCAUGAAUACGUGACAAUCAACGGAGACUACCGUAGUUAG